GGCGGCUCCGGGCCCGGGGCCGAGCGGCCGUGCAGGGCGGGGCAGACCUGGGGCGGGGCGCGGCGCCGCUGCUGGAUGGCCGGGGCCGCCCGGAGCGCCGUCGCCGCCGCCGCACGCCCGUGGCAUGCCUGGAUGUCCCUGCCCUGGCUGUGGCAUGGCAAGCCAAAGACUCUUCUUCUUCACCGCUCUUGCCCUGGAGCUCCUGGGAGGGGCUGGGGGUUCCCAGCAGGCCCUCCGGAGCCGGGGGUCUGCAGCGGCCUGUCGCCUGGACAACAAAGAAGGCGAGUCCUGGGGAGCCCUGCUGAGUGGGGAGAGGCUAGACACCUGGAUCUGCUCCCUCCUGGGCUCACUCAUGGUGGGACUCAGCGGAGUCUUCCCGUUAUUCGUCAUUCCCCUGGAGAUGGGGACCACACUGCGCUCUGAAGCUGGAGCCCGGCGCCUGAAGCAGCUGCUCAGCUUUGCCUUGGGGGGGCUCUUGGGCAAUGUGUUUCUCCAUCUGCUGCCCGAGGCAUGGGCCUACACAUGCAGUACCAGCCCCGGUGGUGACGGGCAGAGCCUGCAGCAGCAACAGCAACUGGGGCUAUGGGUCAUCGCUGGCUUCCUGACAUUCCUGGCAUUGGAGAAGAUGUUCCUGGACAGCAAGGAUGAGGGUCCCAGUCAGGCCCCCAGCAAAGAUCCUUCUGCUGCUGCCGUGCUCAAUGGAGGCCCCUGUCUGGCCCAGCCGGCUGCAGAACCCGGCCUGAGUGCCGUGGUCCAGAGCAUCAAAGUCAGUGGCUAUCUCAACCUGCUGGCCAACACCAUAGACAACUUCACGCAUGGGCUGGCUGUGGCUGCCAGCUUCCUUGUGAGCAAGAAGAUCGGGCUUCUGACCACCAUGGCCAUCCUCCUGCAUGAGAUCCCCCAUGAGGUGGGCGAUUUUGCCAUCCUGCUCCGGGCCGGCUUUGACCGAUGGAGUGCAGCCAAGCUGCAGCUCUCGACAGCACUGGGGGGUCUGCUGGGCGCCUGCUUUGCCAUCUGUACGCAGUCCCCCAAGGGACCAGGCAGGCCAUCUCCUCCCACUGCAGAGGAGACGAUAGCCUGGAUCCUGCCCUUCACCUCCGGUGGCUUUCUCUACAUCGCCCUGGUGAAUGUGCUACCUGACCUCCUGGAGGAAGACAACCCAUGGCACUCCCUGCAGCAAGUGCUCCUGCUCUGCACGGGCAUCGUGGUGAUGGUGCUGUUUUCGCUCUUCGUGGAGUAGCGUCCCUGCUACCCCACCCCCCCAUACAGCAAUAAGAGACUUGAUUCGCGCUGUGACUGUACGUGAGGCAGAGAGGGUGAGUGCAUGUGAGAGAGAGCAAGCCUCUGGCCAGACGGGAGAGGUGUGUGUGUGUGUGUGUGCACACGUGCGUGUGCCGUGUGCGUGUGUGGCCAGAGAAGCUGCGUGUGUAAGGCCGACACUGUGAUCCCUCAUGCGCUGCCCAGGGCCCAGCGUCAGUGCCUGCCCCACCCCACCCCCCAACCGAGGUCUGCCCUCCCUCUGCCCUGUCAUCUCAUACUUCCCAGGGUGAGCGGUGGGAAGUGGCAACAUGGUCCCAAGCAGAGACCUCUCUUCCAGGACCCACGGGAGGCCUGGGCCUGUCUGAGUGAGAGCAGCCCAAGGAGCCCGGGGCUGCAGGGUGCCCCAGGGCUACCUGCCUCCAGCUAGGCCUCGGGUUCCUGGCUUGAGGGAGUAAACAUCUCUGCUCCUGCACCCAGGCUCCAGGCAGCCCAGGGGCUGAGGCUGGGGCCACUUCUAGCUGCUGCAUCCAUCUUCCUGGCCCUUCCUUCAUCACCUCUAGGGUCCCUUCCCUGAUGGCCAGAAGACAAAGAGGCAGGUGCUGGUGUGAGCCCCUAACCCCACUCGGCACUGACAGUCACACCCCUCCCAGCCUUGAACUGGGAGAUGCUUUCCAAGGCCUUUUCCUUGUGGCUGCCAGCCCUGAACCAGCUCCUGUUCCCCCAGUGAGUGCUCCCUGGCAACGCAGCACCUCCUGCCACUUGCAGCUGCCAAACAGCAGCCUGCAGGGUAGCGAGCAGCCCCAGGCCAAAGACGCCUCCAGUCCAGCUCAGGGACACUCCUGCCAGCACAGGGGCCCAGGCAAAUACUUUGGGAGCAGGAAGGAGGCAAGCCCACCUCUCCUGCUUGGGCCCCUUUUCCUUUCUCACUGGGGGUGAGGGUGGUGGGGUGGUGAGAGCCCACGUUGUCAGCACUCAGGAAUGUGCUCUGGGAGAAAGCUGAAGCCAUAAUCCCCAGCUAUUUCCCUUGGCUGACACCCAGGGACUCAGCCGGCCCACUCAACAGCUGGGCUUGAGCUCUACCGCUUGACCAGACGCUCUGAGAAGUGGCCACCAAGAGGGUUGGGAUGGCUUUACAGCCGUUCUGCUGUGGUUCCAUUCAUAUCUGUAAAUACCUGUUCUAUAGGCAAGAGACAAAUAAAUAUUAUCCACAAA